GUUGUGUGUAUGUUAAGUUAACGAGUGCCAAUUCGUCCGCCUAAGCGUGGGUACGGUACAUGAAGCACAUGCAUUCAAUAGCCUCCUGGCAGGGCGGGCGCGAUACGAUGCGCCCGUCAGUCAGUCAGCAUCUACGCAUCCAUCGAGUCGACUACCCCAUUGCGCAGCGCACACAAAAAGUCGUGUCUGUCCGCCGUGAUGUGAUGGAUAUGUACACAAACACAAAGACAAACAAACAAGGCAACAGGACAGGCGCCACCUGUCAUGACUAGGCAGACCACGCGGGAGCAGAGCAAAAAGCGGAGCAGAUGUCUGCCUGCCUGCCUGCCUCUCUCUAACCCACUUCUCUCGCGCCUCCUACAAUCGUUGCAUGCCCUCCUUAAUUAACGCCCCCCCCGCACCUAUCAGUAUGCGCGCUUCGCUAGGUACCCUCCCUCCCUCCCUCCCUCGUGUGAUUUCUCUUCAGUCGCCGCCCAGUCUGUACCCACGGCCUCCGAACUGUCUGGGUGGUGGUGGUGGAGCGGCCCUGCCGGCCUGCCCGCCGGCCGCCGCUGGUCGGCCGCCCUCCUGCACUGCGAUCAUGAACUGGUCGAUGAAGCCGGGCGUCUUGAGGAGGGUCAUGCCGUUUUCAGCCGGCAGGACCUCCUUGAGGAAAUAGUAGGUGUGUCCGGCGGCCACGCCCAGAAGGUCGCCCCACGGCGAGCCACCCAGGAGCAUGUUGAAGAACAUAAGGGCCCAGGGGAGCUGGUAGCCCUGGAUGGAGAAGCCCCAGUAGGUGAGCUGCGCCCAGGCCUCCCGCCGGCUCCAGUAGUAGAUGAUGGCCAUGAGGAGCGAGGAGAAGUUCAUCGGCAGCCCGUUGGGCCACGCGAGGGCGCAGCUGAGCCCGUCGAUGGUGAGCAUGUUGAUGAGGAGGAAGAAGAGGUAGCUGCCGGGGGUGCCCUGGCUGGUGAAGCACUCGUUCCUCUCCAGGCGGCCCGAGAAGGUGAUGAAGAAGUAGAGGUUGAAGACGAAAGGAAAGCCGAAUUGGCCGAUAUAGAGGUAGUUGGUGAUGGGCCGCCAGAUGUGCAGACGGCUGACGACGAGCGGCCAGUUGAGCAGCAGCACUGAGGGAUUGAACAGCUUCAGCUGGGUCACAAGCGUCAGGCAGAAGAAGACGGUCGUCAGCACGCGGGAGAGGAACGGAAUACCAAAGUAGAAACCCUCUAUCGUCGUGCCUUCCAUCCUUCCUGGCGGCUGUUUGUGUCUGUGGCCGAUGGUCAGAGGGAGGAAACACGAGCCGAAAGUUGUCGAAAAGUCCCGACCAAUUAAGCUAGGGUAUCACGCUCCAAAGCGCC